ACGACGACGACCGGCUCGGCUCGCCCGUUGGGAUGAGGAGCUGUAGCGCAGCGGCGGCGGCGAAACCGAUUCGUCAGCGAUCGUUGUCCGUCGGCAUAUCAGUAUACGUGCGAGACCGGUUGCUGUACGGGUUGCGGUUGCUCGCGGGUUUGGUGUUUGGUGCGCGCGCGCGUGUGUGUGUGUGUUUCGACGAAAUUUUUUCGAGAAUUUAUUUGCGGUGUAAUAUUUUUUUUUUCGACGUUCGUUCCAUUUGGCAUUUACACAAACACCACUGUUUCAGGUGCGUGAGGUGUACCCGCCAAGUCGUCCGUCACGGAGCGUAUUUAUUAAUAUAGAAUUUACCGUUGAAACUUCGCACAGUAGUGCUCGUCUUCCGAAAUUAUAAUAUGGGCCCUACGGUAGCGACGACUGCUACCGCGUCGGCGGAAUCGCCGGACGUCGACAACUGCGUCAAAAAAAAGGGCAUACGGAGGCUGCUGAUGCCAGCCAUAUUCGCGGGCAGCGACCACAAGAACAAGCAAGCGGCGGCGGCGGCAGCAACGUCGUCGGCGGAAGUCGGUAACGCGGCCGUUCACAACCAUCAACGCCGCCAAGCGUCCAGCAACAGUCUACCGACUUGCAACAAGAAGACCAUUAUCGAGACGGCGUUCGUUAACAACAACGGAAACGGUAACUCGGCCGGAAACGCGGCGUAUCGGUUGCAGCAACAGCAGCAUCAGCAAGCGCAACUGCAGCGGUUUCGCUAUGCCCAGGGACUGGACCGGCACGCAAACGACGUGACCGACUUCCGGUCCCGGAGCGUCAGUCCUGGAUCUUUCGACCGGGACGUCAAUGCCAAUUACGGUGGCGGCGAACGUCGGACCGACAGCCCGUGCUCGCUGUUGUCAUCGUCGUCGACGUCGUCGCUUCUUCCCUCGCCGUCGGGCAGGCGGUCCGCUCCCAUCAUACCUUAUUCGCAGUAUUACAACAACAGAAACGGCGGCGGUGGUCAGCAGCAGCAGCAGCACCAGCACCAGCAGCAGCAGCAAAGGUUGUUGCUCAUGCCCGUCGGCGCGCAGGUCAAGAUCACCGCGCCGCAAUCGUCAUCUACUGCGGUGUACGCUGCUGCCGUCCGCCAACAUCGACUGCAACAGCAAAAUCAACUACAACAACAACAACAACAACAACAGCAACAGCAACAGCAACAAGCCAUCUACGGCAACGUGGGCGCCGGCGCCGCGGGCCCGUUCGUCCGCGGGUCGCCGCACCGGGCCACCAUCGGGUGCGUCCGGGAAUCGCCGGGCCGGCAGUCGACCAUUUACGAGACAGAAGAGGACGUCGUCACGGCUGCCGUCGCCGUGGGCGAGAAGAGGUUUCAGCCGAUUUUCAAGAGGGGCACCCUGCAAGAGCCCGCCGCCACCGACUCGUCGUCAGUCGCCGGGCAGACGCCGCCGUCACCGUCGUCUGGCUGCAGCCCGAAGAAGGUGAGCUUUUCGCCGGGGCCGUCCGAACCGCCCGCGUACUGGCCCACCAAGAAGGGCCCGUCCCCGCAACCGCCCACGCGUCAACGGUCGACCGAAUCUCCGGUGGCCGCUGAACGGCCACUGCCGCUCGUGCCCAAGAGGAGCCCGUCCACGUCGGCCAUUUACGGCACGCUGCAGCAGCGCGGCGGCCCCUUGCGACAACCGCAGCAGCAGCAACCGCCGCCGCCGCCGCCGAAUCGGUGGUGGUCACCGUCGUCGCCGUCGCAGCAGCACCAGCACUACCAACAGUCCGGCAGCGAGUCCGGUAGCGAGGCGGGCGAGGUGCAGCGAAUACUGAACGUCAGAAACGGUCAUCGGCUGGUCAUCGGUAAGUAG